AUGGCGGAAGAAGCUCCUGCGUCUGAAACCUCCGUUACAAUGCCUCCGCCGGCGGAAGCUGCUGCGGUCGACGGAACCCUAAACCCGUGCAAGAACGAGAAGAGUGGAAUCACCGUGGAUACCGCUACAGCGCAGGGCGUUGCAGAGUCGGUGUCCAACGCUGAAGCUUCCGUUAGAGAUCCUCAGAAGUCUCUGGAGUUGGCGAACGAGCUGAUGGAGAAAGGGAACAAGGCAAUUAAAGAGAACGAUUUUGGAGAAGCAGCUGAUAACUUUAGCCGCGCUCUUGAAAUCAGAGUGGCUCAUUAUGGUGAACUUGCUCCUGAGUGUGUGCACACAUACUACAAAUAUGGGUGUGCUCUUUUGUACAAGGCUCAGGAGGAAGCUGAUCCUUUGGCUGAUGUGCCCAAGAAGGAGGAAGGAUCUCAACAUGGCUCCACCAAAGAAGGAUCUGUGAAGAGUUCUGUGAACGCUGAAUCUUCCACUGCUUCUUUUUCGAGCAAUGUUGGGCAGGAUGUGACAUCAACUGAGCAGGGUGAAGCAGUGGAUGAUGGGUCCACUAAGAACGACCAGGAAGAAGGUGAUGAUGAUAGUGAUGCUGAAGACUUGGCAGAAGCUGAUGAAGAUGAGAGUGACCUGGAUCUGGCAUGGAAAAUGCUUGAUAUUGCUCGAGCCAUUGUGGAAAAGCAAUCUGUCAAUACAGUAGAACAAGUGGACAUAUUAUCAACAUUGGCAGAUGUUGCAUUGGAGAGAGAGGAUUUUGAAACUUCUCUCUCGGAUUAUCAGAAGGCACUGUCCAUCUUAGAACAGCUGGUUGAACCAGAUGAUAGAAAAAUUGCUGACUUAAACUUUCGCAUAUGCUUGUGUUUGGAGGUUGGUUCUAAGCCUGAAGAAGCAAUUGCUUACUGCCAAAAGGCUACAUCUGUUUGUAAGGCACUAUUGCAUCGUCUUACAAAUGAAGUAAAGAGUUGUUCAGAUUUGACAUCUACUUCUGAGUUGGCACAGGAUGUGCCAAGAUGCCCCACUUCUGACUCUAAGAAUUCAAUUAUGGAUAAACAAUCAGAGAUCGAAACUCUCAAAAGUCUAUCAACUGAGCUGGAAAAGAAGCUUGAAGAUCUGCAACAGUUAGUCUCGAACCCUAAGUCAAUUCUAGCUGAGAUCCUAGGAAUAGCAGCUGCCAAGGCAGGCAAUGGGAAGGAAUCAUCUCUGGGAAUGAUGAGUUCCUCACAGUUGGGUACUGACAAAAAAAAUGGUGGUUUUGACUCUCCAUCCAUUUCAACAGCCCACACCAAUGGAUCUGGUGGAAUCACACACCUUGGUGUGGUAGGAAGAGGAGUUAAGCGAGCAUCAAAUGCUAGUUUGGCAGAAGGAAGCACUCCAAAGAAACAAGCAGUAGAAUCAACUGAAGAAAAAGGCGAUGGUAACGCUUGCUGCUGA